AAUAAACAAAAAAUAAUAAUAAUACGUUCCUUAAAAAAAAAUGUUUAAAUUAUUUUGGUUUUUAGUUAUAACAACAAUAGUAGUGAAAAAAGCAGAAAGUCAAAUUGGCUUUACAUCAAUACCCUGUACACAACGUAAUCCGAAAAUAGUCGGUGGUCUAGAGGCAGAACGUCAUGAAAUGCCCUAUAUGGUAAGUUUAACACGACGUGGUGGACAUUUUUGUGGAGCAACUAUAAUACACGAAAAAUGGAUAGUAACAGCGGGUCAUUGCAUCUGCAAUGGACUGAAUAAAUUUCUGAAAGCAUCACAAAUCCAAGGUGUAAUGGGGCUGCAUAGUAUAUCACAAUAUUUGAAUGGCAUCGAUAAUGAACGUGAUGGAGAGGCACCCAUUAAGGUGAACUUUCAAAGUAUUGUACCGCAUCCCAACUAUAAAUGUACAAAUACAAUAAAUGAUAUUGCUUUAAUGGAAUUGAUACAACCCUUACGAUUUUCCCGCCACAUACAACCGAGUUGUUUGUCUUCGGCUGCUAGUUUGAGAAAUCAUGAAAAUGAAUUGGCUACCGUUUCGGGUUGGGGUUGGACUGAAGAGGAUCAAGGCGUAGGCGAUCGUGCCGAUAUUUUACGUAAAGCUGCCGUAAGAGUUUGGAAUAAUAAUGCUUGCGAAAGAUCAUAUCAGCUAAAUGGUAGACCUAAUAGCAUUAUCUCCGAUACACAAAUGUGUGCGGGUUAUGAAAAUGGCGGCAUUGAUUCAUGUUGGGCGGAUUCUGGCGGCCCUUUAAUGUCCAAAGAAAAUUUUCUUAUUGGUGUUGUUUCUACCGGUAUUGGUUGUGCUCGCCCUGGUCUACCCGGCAUCUAUACACGUGUUAGUAAAUAUGUUUCUUGGAUGGAGUCUGUGAUAUUUCAACGUAAUUGAUGUGUUUUUUAUAUAAUUUGAAUGUUAACUGUGAUAUUUGUUAGAUGUUUAAAUAGUAGUUUUUAAUAACUUAGUUUUAAGUUCAUAAUGUUUAUGAAAAAUUGUUAUAAAUAAAUGUUAUUGAA